UUAAUGUUCCUAGAAUCUUACUAGAAACAACAGUCAUGAUACCAGAAUUCGAACUUUGGAUAAAGGCCUCUGUACUUGACAAGGUUAGCAAAGGAGCCUGUCCUUUAUGUCAACAAUGGUAUAUGGUUGCAUAUAUUCUGGCAGAAAACAAACUUGCCAGUUUCAAAGUCAUCACAGUACCUGACAGUAAUCCCCCUAGAAUUCUUCGAGAAAAAAGUUCUAGUGGCCUUUUUCCAGUUGUGAUUGGUGUCACUGGUGAAACACUGGAUGGUGCCUCUGUAGAGGGAUUGGUUGCUGACGAAAGUUGUGAACUUGAACAGUUCUUCCAGAUGUUCAAGUGCCCAUUACUGAAGAUGGAUUCCUCUGAGCAGAUUGUUGCUCUAAACAUAUUUCUCGACCUCAAUACAACCUUCAACAGAUUCCUAUCAACUGGUUCAGAUAGAAGACUGAAUGAGAUAAUGAGUAACUUAAAUAACCAUCUGAAAGAGAACGAAACCAAGUUUAUGAUUGGCGAUGAAUUGACAUAUGUGGAUUGUGUUUUGUUGCCACGUUUACAACAUGUCAGAGUGGCUGGCAGUAUACUGAAAAAUUAUGAUAUCCCACGCAGCUUGGUUUAUUUGUGGAGAUAUCUUCAAAAUGGUUACAAUGCUGAGGCCUUCUAUAAUACCUGUCCAACAGAUCCGGUCAUUAUCAGUCAUUAUCAGAAAAAAGUUGCUUUCCGAGGGAGAGAAGCUAGUCUUAUGAAAGAGACAACGACACUUACAAUCCCAAAUGAUAUUGUAUUGGACAUAAAAUCAGAAACGGAAGAACUAGAUGACAUAGAUGCACAGGAAGAGGUAAAUAAAGUCAAGGAAUUGUCAGAGAUGACCUCAAACAUUUCUGUUGAAAAUGGCAAUGGAGCUGUUGAUUUCAGUGAUGACACAGGUGAAGUGAAUGUUGUUAGUGAUAAUACAACUGAGGUUAUCGUGCAUGAGGUUUAUGAAGAUACUCCAGAUACAGUAAUUGUAACAUCUGAUUUGGGCAACUCAAACCAUAAUGACAAUGAUGAGAAUCCAGCUGACUAAUGGAAGCCAUUCUUCACUAUUUGAUGGAUUUUUUUGUUUAAUUUUUAAUUAUUGUUAUUUAUAUAUUUACAGAUUUUCUUAUUGAAUUUUUUUUUUCAUUUAAUGAUUAAAUCAAGUUAAAGAGAAGAAUAGAGUUGUAUAGCUUUCUUUUUUAUUUUUUAUCCUACUUCUUAUGGAUAAAAUAGCAACUGACACUCUGUCUUACCUUUGAGCUAUUGUAUCUAAUAGCGGGUUAUGCCCCGUGCUCACUUUGUAAGAAUGAUUAUUCACCUAUACAUACAUAUUCUCACGCACACCAAUAUAUAUAUUUGAGGUCAAUCUCUUCUGUAAAAAUUAAACUAGUUAAUGCUGUUGAUUUAUGUCCUAUAAUUUUUAUUUUGUAUUUUUGUUUCAAUUCUUCGAGAAAAAAUUGAAAAACAAAAUUUUAAAAUUAGAAAUAACAAAAAUGAGGUGAAAGAUGACACUAACAUAAUUUUAUUUUUUUAUAAUUUCUAGUUUAUUUAGUAUAUUGUUUCUAAAUCAAGAGAAGCCAUAGCAUACAUUGAAAGAAAUAUAGAAAAAACUGCUAUGCCUUAGUUAUAUUAUGGCUGUAUCAUAUCUUUUGGCUUCCUUAUGAUUUCAUGUAAUAUCUUGGUGGAAUUCUAUGUUUGAUUUGUAAAGAAAUAAAGAUUAAAAAAUUAUCCGACCAUU